UAAAAAAACAAAUUUAUGGUCCACUAGUCCUAACUGGAACACAGAUUCUGUUGUUAACAGGUUACAGGAACAUGUUGGAAUGUCGGUCUGUUGACCUACACUUUUUUUUGCGGGGAGUUGACCUACACUUAUUUGUUGAGAAUUAUCAGAACUGCCUGCCAGGUGCCCCGAGGAAGACAUAAUUCUCAGGAUAUAUAUACUUUGGAGAAAUUGCAUACCCUCCCGAGAAUAAGUUAUUUUGGAUAAUUCCAUUAUUAUUUUUCUUGAGUUGAUUUUUUCCAUUAUGUAGAAAUAUGUUUUUACAUAACUUAUAUGGUUUGUGGGACUGUGCACACAUGACUUUUGCAUAUGACCAAUAUUUGUGCAAGUUCAGAAGAAGACUCUCAUUCGAUACAACUUCGUUCUAAUUUCCUUUUGGACAACAACUAUAGCAUGCACCCGGACCUUUAAAAGAAAAACAUGGUUAUCUUUGUGGCACAACCAAACAUCAUCCAUUAUACAUUCAUGUAGAGUGCUACAGUCAUCAUCUUGACCUGAAUCUUGGGAUAAUUGUGCCGCCCAUGACUCCCCUAACUCAUCGUGGUGUACUCCGGAGCUAGCCCAUGGAGUGCAACCACCAAAACUAUAAUCGAGUGUGACAUCCAUCAAGGCCGCGACGGGAAUGGAGCAACCGUUCCAACCAUCUCCAAAGGUGAUGAGACUUGCCAACGGGGGUAUCAAAGCGAAACCUAAUAGAUGUCUAUAUAAAGGGAUUAUAUGAUGCACUAAAAUUUGCUCUAAGAAUAUAUUAUUUUAUAAGAAGUUUGCAAGUAAUAAUGCUCAGAUAUUAGAAGGACCGUCCAUAUCAUAGCUGUCUAUAUCUUUUGGUAAAGACUAGUCAUUUUUUGUCUAACAUGAGAUCCUUAUGCAACGUCUCUUCAUGUACAUACACCAUCACGUGCAUGGACCACAUGGAUGUGCCCUCCUCAACAUGUUGAUGCAAUCAUUAUCUUUUCGUUAUAUCAAAAUUAGUGUUUUCUAACUUCAUGGAAUGUUAUAUAUCCAUACAAUGUUCUUGUUUGGUUUUUGGCGAUACAAGAUGAGAGCAUGUACAUACACCAUGACACACAAGCACUUUGCGGACCUCCCCCCAUCCCCCCACCCUUCACUUUUUUUGAACACCCCCAACCCUUCAGCUAACAUUAACGAGAUGAUGUAAAUAUCAUUUUUAGACUAUUUCAAAAUUAAUGCUUUCUAACCAUUCUUUGUGGAACGUUAUAUCAUCAAGCAGCGUUUCCUUCUGUUUCUGCAAUUACAAAACGCAGACCCAUGCAUACACCUUCACACACAUGGCGCACGCAAAAUGCAGCCCCAUCAACAGGGGGUGCAAAUUUUAUUUUAUCCUUUAAAUCGUACUGAAUUAAUGAUUUCUAACCAUACCGCAGAAAGAACAAGCUAAAUUAAUAGAAAUAUUACUAAACUAGUUAGUACCAUGAAACGGAGCACAACGUCUCUUAAAAUCACACAUUUACAUAUUUCUUCACAAUGCUUGAAUUUUUUUUAACCUGAAAUUUAAUAGUAUAUGAAAAACAACAAGUGGCAUAUGACAGGAAACAAAAAAUCAAGCAAUACUUUGCAACGGGCCGAUGAUACUCUGCCAGGGGCUCCCAAAUUUCAAAACCCAGUUCGUUGUUACUUUUCGUUGGGGGCGAGCUUUAUCCCCUCAUGUUUGUUACGAUCCUCCGCCUCGCAUCCGAUCCCCGCCGUCGAUCCCCGAUCGCGCGGCCAACGACGGCCGAAAACCCCGGGCCGCCACCUGGCCGCCCCUCCCGCAAGGCUGACACACGCCUGCGACGCAACAGCCUUUUCUGCACCCAGUUUCCGUUCCUUCCCUUCUCCUGCCAUCUGCGCAGCCCACCACCGCCACCACCUCCACCUCCACCUCCCCCAAACCGCCUCCCUCUCGCCGCCUCGCGCAGUAGCUUCUCCCCUGCCCUCCCCUCCGCCGACCCCGUGCCUCGUGAUGCUUUGACGCCGCCGUCGGGAGCUCCGCCCGCUGGUCGAAGCGGAGGGAGGGAGGGAGGCGGCUCAGACGGGAGGGGAGGGAGCAGAGGAGGAGGAGGGCAGGGCCGGGAGAGCGGCGGCGGAGGAAGAUGUUCGACGGCCUCAUCAACUCCAAGUUCUACAACCGAUGCAAGCACGCCUUCAAAUGCAUCCGGACGCGGCUAGUCGUCAUACGGCGGAAGAAGCAGGCCAUGAUCGGCUUCCUCAAGAAGGACGUCGCCGACCUCCUCGCCAACGGCCUCGACAUCCAUGCCUUCGGACGGAUGGAUGCGCUGAUAAUGGAGAUGAACCAUGCUUCGUGCUACGACAUGAUUGAGCAAUAUUGCGAUUUCCUUGGAAAACAACUCAACAGCCUGCAGAAACAGAGGGAUUGCCCCCAGGAAGCCAUGGAGGCCGUGUCAACUCUAAUUUUUGCUACUGCUCGGUUCCCAGACUUGCCUGAACUGUGCGACUUAAGGCAUAUAUUCACAGAAAGAUAUGGUGGUUCUCUUGAACCUUUUGUUAGCCUGGAGUUUAUCCGGAAACUUGAGUCUGAAUUAUUUACAAAUGAGGAAAAGUUUCAAGUAAUGCAAAGUAUUGCUGAAGAAUCCUCAGUUGGUUUUGACAUGAGGGCAUUGGAAAUCAAGUUAUGGGCUGCACGGGAGUCUGAAGAUGAUCUUCUCGAAAAGGAUUCAAUGAAAAAGGAUGAACCGGCAGUGCCUUUGCCCAUCAAGCAGAAGGAGGAUGGUCGGUUAAAUGAUAAUACUGGAAGGAAGAAUUCUGAUAAAUCUCAUGGUAAGGAACAAUUGGAGAAAUCAGUUUCUCCUUUGGACUUGAAAAGAGAGAACACUCAAAAAGAUGAUAAUACCAGAAGGCGGCAUGCUGACAAAGCUGAUGGUAAGGAACAUUUGGAGAAAUCAGUAUCUCCUCUGCAAACGGAAAGAGAGGAAGCUCAAAAGCGAGUUCAGAAACUGAAGAAAAAAGAUGUCCGCCCUUCCGAGAAGGAACUGAUGGAAGCUGUGGAGCUAGAUAUCAAUGGCCUACCGAAACAAGGAUCUGGUUCGGUGAAAUUUCCUGAGACAGAAAGCAACAGAAUAGUUCCACCAAUUGUGAAGCCAAAAGAAACAAAGAAAGAACAUGGUGUCGAAAAAGAGAAUAACAGGGGGCUUGGCUAUCACCACCGAUCACCCAUACCUGGCCGUCCUGAUUAUACCAGAAUACAUGCAAACUUAGGGUGCAAAGCUCUUGGCCUGCAGAAUCAAGGACCUACUUCACCGAAUCCUUCAAGUGGUAAAACUACAAACAGGCCCCCUCCUACUUCCAAUCCGAAUGGAGCGAAGGGAAGGAAUUGUGAUGAAAAAGAAGAGGGCAACAGUUGCUUGCGUGACAGACCACAGCACUUGGAAGAUCUCGGACACACUGUGCAAAAUGGACAGCGAGCGCCACACGGGGUGGCUAAUGUGCAGCCUCCUUAUGUCAAACCUAAACUUGGCAUGCAGCCUGUGAACGAUGAUCCUGCAAAACCAAUUGACAGGAACUGCAAUAUGAGUGAAAGGACAGAUCGCUUGGCUGACAAAGGUGUGCUUCGGCCUCUUUCUGUCAGAAGGAGGCCAGCAGCACCUUCUUAUGAUGAGGCACCUAACGGUGAAAAGGCCACAAGCCAAAAGGCUAACUGUCACAGAACACAACCAAGUAAGCACAAGGGUGCUAACGAGGACUAUGACCGGAAGGGCAAUGGUGUUGGUAAUGGCAGGAAUGUUGAGAGAACUCCUAGUGGUCGACCAAGUCACCCAGGCAUGAGAAACGGAGUUCUGUAUGACGAUGACUACGAUGGACCCAUGCAGCGGCCUAAAGCAGGCGAAGAUGAGACUGACAUUGAUUUUGGUAAUAUGUUGCCUCGGACUGCAAAUGGCCAUCAUCGACUCAAUAGCAGGAACAUUGAUGCGCACGGCGGAGAUCCCGAUGAGGAGGAGAGGAUGAUGGACAAACUCCUGAUGCAUUAUAGCAAGAAAGGUUCAGGUACCGAUGAAACCCAAACAGCAACAGUAGAAACCAGCAGAACUGCAAACUAUCAUGGAGCCCAAACGCAAUGUCAGCAAAACGGUUCUUUGAACACUACAGGAAGAGCGGUCUCGCUACCGCAUGAAUCCAUCAGCCCGGGUGAAGCUGCCAAGGUUCCUGCUCGGUCCACCUCACUGAGGUCAGACUGUCCUGGGGUGGUGCGCGUGCACCCAAAGAUGCCGGACUUUGAGGAACUGGCUGCCCGCGUCAUGGCUCUGAGGAAUGCUUGAGGAGGAUGCACAAAAAUUGAAUAUAUUUGGCCUGUGUAUACUUUCAGAAUUGGAGGUUUCUGGCAGUUUCUUCGCCGUGAGUCAGAGCUCACACCCUUUCUGAAUUCUGAGACUGAAGAGAUGAUAUGUGCAUGUGUUUUCGCCUUCUUCUUUUUUCCAACAUUGGUGUAUUUUUCCAGCUUGAGGUUAUCACUGCUGGAGUGGUGUUUCUUGUCUAGAUUGGGCAUUGGUACAGGGACAACAGGAUACAGGUGAUAGGAUUUCGGUUUCGUUCUAUAGCAUAUUGGUUUUGAUGCAUACAGAUACACUUCAGACUGCAGUUCCAGAAAUUAAUUUCAUUUGCUCCACCAUGUACUAGUGCUUCAGAAAAUUUUGAUUAUGUGUAAA